AUCCUCGUGCUCUCUCUAUUAGACUCUCUCUCUCUCUCCUCGUGCCUGCUCCUUCCUUCUUUCCCUGCAGUAGCCGGCCCUUCUUGCCCUUCUUGCCCUUCUUGCCCUUCUUGCUCUCCAUUGUUGACCUAUACACUACACUACACUACACACUACACACUACCCGUCGUCAGCAGCCAGACUUGCUUCUUUGCUUGCUUGACCAGUGCUCCGAAGAAGCACAUGUCUUGCACUUUGUUAGACUGCAACUGUCCUAUCUGGAGCAAUGGGAUCUUGUCUUGUCAAUCUCCGUCACCCCCAAUCCCUCUCUCUCCUUUGCUCUCUCAUUUACGUAGUCUUAUGAAGAAUCCUCCAUGCCUCAAUCUCUCCAGGCACGCGCCCGCUCCUACAAUCCUAUUAUCCUACACCUCCAAAACAUACAAUAAUCUACGCAACCAAAUCUCUUUUGUUUGUGAAAUUCAUUUCCCGUGGCCCACGGCAUGGAUGAGAGAGAGAGAGAGAGAGAGAGAGAGCUUGCAGAUUGUCCGGCAGUGUGCAGGCUGGCUCCGGUGCGGGCCAAGAAAAGCCACCCGGCGAAUCAGCCAGAGCCAGCAGCAGCAGGCCAGCAGCACAGAUGACGUUCGUCUCGCUCUCUCCUCCUGUCCAGGGGCCUUUUGCUGCCGUUGCCAUUUAUUACCAUUACCCAUUACACCCUCUGCUGCUUGAAGGAACUCCAUGCACAAUGCGGAGAAGAGCACGCGCACUCCACCUGGUCAUGCCCUGUUACUUGCU